AUGGCUAGUUGCCCAGUAGACUUGCCUCAGUCCGCAACUCCUCCUACUGAAGCUCAGAACUUCAUCCCUCCGGCGCCUCUUCCAACGCCAACCGUAACAAUCGAAUUUUGCGACCGGUGCCGAUGGCUUCACCGAGCCACAUGGGUGUCAACAGAACUACUUCUCACCUUCCCCCCUCCAGCAAUCAAGGGAGUGUCGCUAUUGCCCCUGAACUCUGAGGAUACCGGAGGACGUUUUCGUGUGUGGCUUCAUACUACCGACCCAUCUGGCGAAGCGAAGGCAACUUUGGUUUGGGAUAGAAAGACGGAAGGUGGUUUCCCAGAGUUGAAAGUUCUGAAACAAAGGCUUAGGGAUCACAUUGAUCCUACCAAGUCUCUCGGCCAUUCUGAUAAACCCACCAUGAGCUGA